AUGGAGCUGUGCAAGGAAAACUUGAUGAGACAUAUUUUCCUGAAUCCUAAGAACAUACCAGCCAGGUUGCCGUCCUUAGCACAUCCCACCGAGAGAACUACAAUCCGAUGGGCGAAAGACAUCGUCAAUGGACUGGAACACAUACACAAACAAGGGUACGUCCACGGGAACCUCAAGUUGGAAAACAUAUUGAUGUCACUCCAAGAUGUUGUCAAGAUCGCCGAUGUUGGUGUAUCCAAAGAAGGAAAGAUGAUCACAGGCACCAUGGCAGGAACACCUGGCUUCGUCGCACCGGAAGUGAUUAAAUCCAGUGUGUACGACAACAAGGCGGACUUGUACAGUUUUGGCAUCAUGAUGUGGGAGAUAUGUCUGAUUCGCCAAGCUAUUGUGAGGUCACCCACGGCAUUCUCGGAGACCCAGGGGCAGUACGUUGAGGCAGGACGAAGUCAGCCCGGCAAAAAUUGA